AUGAUAAUACAAGCUAUUAGCUUGUUGGAUGACCUUGAUAAGGAGCUGAAUACAUAUGCCAUGAGGGUUAGGGAAUGGUAUGGUUGGCAUUUCCCUGAACUUGCAAAGAUCAUACAAGACAAUAUCAUGUAUGCCAAGACUGUGAAGUUGAUGGGUAGUCGAACAAAUGCUGCCAAGCUUGAUUUUUCGGAGGUGCUUCCGGAGGAGGUCGAGGCAGAACUGAAAGAGGCAGCCAUGAUUUCCAUGGGAACUGAAGUUAGCGAGCUUGACUUGGAGAACAUAAAAGACUUGUGCAACCAAGUUCUCUCCCUCUCUGAGUACAGGGCACAACUCUAUGAUUACUUAAAGAGCAGGAUGAACACCAUUGCCCCAAAUCUGACUGCUCUUGUUGGGGAACUCGUUGGUGCUCGACUGAUUGCCCAUGGAGGUAGCUUAUUGAAUCUGGCCAAGCAGCCUGGAAGCACUGUCCAGAUUCUCGGUGCUGAGAAGGCUCUUUUCAGAGCACUCAAGACAAAGCAUGCUACCCCUAAAUAUGGACUCAUAUAUCAUGCGUCCUUGAUUGGUCAGGCAGCACCAAAGCAUAAGGGUAAAAUUUCAAGGUCUCUGGCCGCAAAGGCUGCACUAGCAAUUAGAUGUGAUGCGCUUGGUGACGGUGAGGAUAAUUCCAUGGGUCUGGAGAAUAGAGCUAAACUUGAGGCGCGACUGAGGAAUUUAGAAGGUAAAGAGCUGAGUCGUUCUGCUGGGUCCGUUAAAGGCAAACCAAAGAUCGAGUUUUACGACAAGGACAGAAAGAAAGGAUCUGGGGGAAUGAUUACUCCAGCCAAGCGCGCGACGAGGGCGAACGCCUGCUGCCUGCAGGCGGCGCAUGCAAGGGCGGAUGGCGUCGAAGGAGUGGAGGGUGAUUUAGGGUUUGGUGGUUUGGGUGAUUUUGAGAGGAUGCAGAAAGGGCGGAAUCCCAGUUUUUAG